UUUUACUCUUAAAUUUUAGCAGGAAGGUUAAACAUCAUAAUGGAGCCUAGUGUUCCAGGUUCUUCAACAUCUUCUAGAGCGACUAGAUUCAUGAUGGAAGGCGUAGGAGCUCGUGUUAUACGGGGGCCAGAUUGGAAGUGGGGCAAACAGGACGGAGGGGAGGGGCAUGUAGGUACCGUGAGAAACUUUGAAUCACCAGAAGAGGUAGUGGUUGUGUGGGACAAUGGAACUGCUGCGAAUUACAGAUGCUCUGGAGCUUACGACUUAAGAAUCCUGGACAGUGCUCCCACUGGUGUUAAACAUGAAGGAACUAUGUGUGAUACAUGCCGGCAACAACCUAUAUUUGGAAUUCGCUGGAAGUGUGCUGAAUGCAGUAACUACGACUUGUGCUCUGUGUGCUACCAUGGGGACAAGCAUCAUUUACGCCACAGAUUCUACCGCAUCAGUGCCCCAGGAGCUCAACGCUGCCUGGUGGAGCCGCGCCGCAAGAGCAAGAAACAAGCUGUUAGGGGAAUAUUCCCAGGAGCUAGGGUUGUGAGAGGGGUUGACUGGCAAUGGGAAGACCAAGAUGGCGGAAAUGGCAGAAGAGGGAAAGUGAAUGAGAUCCAAGACUGGUCUGCGGCCAGUCCGCGGUCAGCUGCUUAUGUGGUCUGGGACAAUGGAGCUAAGAACCUUUACAGAGUAGGAUUUGAGGGAAUGGCUGAUCUCAAGGUUAUGAACGACGUAAAAGGUCAAAACGUAUACAAAGAACAUCUCCCGCUAUUGGGAGAGCUAGGCCCUGGCCGCACGGGCCCUCAUGGGCUGCAAGUUGGUGAUCAGGUCAACGUCGACCUGGAUCUCGAGAUCGUGCAGUCGCUGCAAAUCGGGCACGGCGGCUGGACGGAUGGCAUGUUCGAGUGUCUCGGGACCACUGGCACCGUCGUCGGCAUCGACGAGGACCAUGAUAUUGUCGUCACGUAUCCCAGCGGGAACCGGUGGACGUUCAACCCCGCUGUCUUAACUAAGGUAUAGUCAAAUUGCGGGAACAUGAGCGCGUCAGCAUCGGGCAGCGGUGCAGCCUCCAGUGGCUUCGCGGUCGGCGACCUCGUGCAGGUGUGCGCCGACCAGGAGCGGGUCAAAGCGCUGCAGCGCGGGCACGGCGAGUGGGCCGAGGCCAUGGCUCCGACUCUCGGAAAAAUAGGUCGCGUGCAGCAGAUUUACCACGACAACGAUCUGAAAGUGGAAGUGUGCAAUACGUCGUGGACCUACAACCCCAACGCUGUCACCAAAGUCUCCUCAAUCGGUACCAUUCCGGAAAACUCUUCAGGCGAGCGCCUGUCGGCGCUCCUGAAGAAGCUGUUCGAGACGCACGUGACGGGCGACACGAGCGAGGAGCUGGUGAAGGCGGCCACUAACGGCGACGCCGCGCGCUGCGCCGACAUCCUGGCGCGCGCCGACACGCCCGCCGACGUCAACGGCGUGUUCGGCGGACACACCGCGCUGCAGGCGGCAGCUCAAAACGGCCACCUGGAAGUGAUCCGCGCGCUGGUCGAGGCGGGCGCGGACGCGGACGCGGAGGACCGCGACGGCGACCGCGCGGCUCAUCAUGCCGCGUUCGGAGACGAACCCUCGGCUCUUCGGGCCCUUGCCGCUGCUGGCGCGGAUUUAAACGCGAGGAAUAGGCGGCGGCAGACUCCGCUACAUAUAGCAGUGAAUAAGGGACACCUGGGCGUCGUCAGGACGUUAUUACAGCUUGCUGUGCAUCCGAGUUUACAGGACUCUGAAGGGGAUACCCCGUUACAUGAUGCUAUAUCGAAGAAACGGGACGACAUGCUGACGCUGCUGUUGGAGCAUGGAGCUGACAUGACCCUCACCAACAACAACGGUUUCAACGCGCUUCAUCAUGCAGCACUUCGAGGCAAUCCAAGUGCCAUGAAGAUAAUGCUGGGCAAACUGCCCCGGCCGUGGAUAGUGGACGACGCGAAGGACGACGGCUACACCGCGCUCCACCUGGCGGCGCUGAACAACCACGCUGAGGUGGCCGAGCUGCUGGUGCGCGGCGGCGCGCGCCCUGACCUGCAGAACGCGAACCUGCAGACAGCGCUGCACCUGGCAGUCGAGCGACAGCACACUCAGAUAGUCCGGCUGCUCGUCUCGCACGGCGCCGACCUCAACAUCUGCGAUAAGGACGGCGACACGCCGCUGCACGAGGCGCUACGCCACCACACGCUGCAACAGCUGCGGCGGCUGCAAGACGCGCGCGAUACGGCGCUGCUCUCCGGCCUGGCGCACGCGCACGACAAGAAGUCUUCCGCGUCCAUCGCGUGCUUCCUCGCCGCGCACGGCGCCGACCUCACCGUUAAGAAUAAAAAAGGUCAAACCCCACUCGACCUGUGCCCGGACCCGAACCUAUGCAAGACGCUGACAACAUGCCGCAAGGAAGGCACGGCCGGCAGCGACAUGACUCCCGAUAGCGAAGCAGGCGCGGCGGCGGCAGCGCCGGUCGCUGAGGAGACGGUUCACACCGACCCUACCGCGGACGAGUGCCUCGUUUGCUCGGAUGCGAAGAGAGACACCCUCUUCCGCCCGUGCGGGCACAUAUGCUGCUGCAACGUGUGUGCUGCAAGGGUGAAGAAGUGUCUGAUCUGCCGCGCAUGCGUGACGUCGCGGCAGCGCGUGGGGGAAUGCGUGGUGUGCUCGGAGGCGCCGGCCACGGUGGUGUUCCGGCCGUGCGGGGACGUGUGCGCGUGCGCGGCGUGCGCGCCGCUCAUGCGCAAGUGCGUCGAGUGCCGCACGCCGCUGCAGCACGGCACCGUGGCUCCGCACAACAUCGACCUAGAAAAAGAGGGCAGCAGCAACCUGGCACAGAUUCAAGUGAACAAGGGUCAGCCGGCCCCGGCGCAGGCGGCGCCGCACCACAUGAACAACGGCUCGCGCCCCGCGCCCGCGCCCGCGCCCGCGCCCGCCGCCGCCCCCGCCCCCGCCCUCGCCGCCUCGCCGCCGCCCGCCGACGUGCAGAAACUGCAGCAGCAGUUGCAGGACAUCAAGGAGCAGACAAUGUGCCCGAUCUGCCUGGACCGACUGAAGAACAUGAUCUUCCUGUGCGGGCACGGCAUGUGCCAGAUGUGCGGCGACCGCAUCACCGUCUGCCCCAUCUGCCGCAAGCAGGUCGAGAAACGCAUCCUCCUCUACUAGGACACCAUAACAUCGAACCAAGUGAAUAUACACCUUAUUACAAUGAAUUAAGGUUGUCUUCUACAGUAACGAUAGCUGAAG